UCAGAGUGGAAUGGCUGAAUUAGUAAAACUAUUAUCAAAUAAAAUAUCGAAGAAACAGGGAGUUAUACAAUUUUCCGAAUCAGUUUCAAAUAUACAGUUUAGCGACACCAGAGCCUACGUAACGACAAACAAUAAGUGUUACAAAUGUGAAUACGUGAUAGUAGCAGUUCCACCACCUGAAAGUGUAGAGAUAACCGUUCAACCUUCCUUAUCUCCGACUUUAACAAAGGUUCAGACCCUCUUUGAAAAUGGAACAAACCUCUUCUUCACUGCCACAUUUAGACAAGAGUUUCUAAACGACAAUUAUAGUUAUCCAAUGAAUAUUAUCACCACUCCAGAUUGUGACUCAAGUUUAAAAUUAGUUUACGAUGCUACACAUUCCAGCAAUAAAUCUCAACUAGUUCUUGCAGGUUUUCUCAAUGAGUCAAAUUUCCAGACACGCAGGAAAUUUAAAUUUUUUAAUACUUUAAAUAAAUGCUUUCGGGGUAAUGCUGCACAAAAUUGCAUUGAUUACAAAGAACGAAAAUGGAUGCCGUUCAAUUUAUCUAAUAAUCAAGAAUCAAUCCGCGGAGGAAGUCCAAUGAGUUUCCUGAUUCCUUGUGAUUUUAAAAAUUAUUUCAAUCCAUUAUCUAUUAGAAAUGGAAGAAUUUUCUAUGCUGCAAGUGAAUAUGCCAAAUGUUGGCCAGGCACAGUUGACGGAGCAAUUGAAGCUGGAAAAAUUACAUCCUUGGCGAUUCUUUGGCAAAUGAGGCCCCAAUCUCUUAACAAAUUAGAUUUAUCUUUCUUUAGGUAUCUGCAGAGUUUUUGAUUGAUUAAAUUUAUAAUGUCAUUUUCCACUCAUUAUAAUUGUUCACUCAUGAAUGUUUUUUCAGUCCACUUUAUAUUUAAUCAAAUAAUAUUAAAACACCCAUUUUAAAUUUUGCCGAAAAUUGCAGCAAACUUGUCGCAGACAGCAGCCUUUAAGCUUACAACAAAAUAACGUGCUAUCUGGAUUAAUUUAAUUUUUUUCGAUGUAUACAUUCAUACUUCAUGUUUUUUUGGUAGAACUGAAAAAUGACAUUUUAAAUAAAUUUACUCUUCUGAAUAUAGUUACACAUUAUUUUUGUGAUUAUUAAUUUAAAAUCUUCAUAUUUCAGCAUCCGUCCAAAGAAAUUUCGUCAAAUGACAAUAAGGUUUUCUCUUAUUUAUUACCUUUGUUUAGCCACAAAUAUUUGUAUC